UGAUGCAAACAAAUGCAAAUACUUGUUUGUCUUCAAUUAUAUGUUUGGGCCACAGUUUCAACCAAUUACAGCCCACCUACAUAGGCCCAUUAAUCUUUUAAUGAUCCAGCCCAGUUGAUAAGCCUGUAUAGCUUCUAAUCCACCUUCCAGCUUGUUCUUCAAGUUGUUAAAAAAAAAAUAAAAAAAAUCUUGUUCCUCACGAAAAAAAAAACUCUGUAUUCAAAUGUUAAAUGGAAAUUUAUUAUCUAGUUAUUCAAUAUCUAAAUAAUAAUUUAAAGUUGAAUUUAACAAUGGCGAUGGAAGAGUAUACAUCACAAAUCAGUGACGAAAUUCACACCGAUGUUCUCAGCAAAGCUCGAAUCUCUUGCUACCAGGCGAGAGAUGCGUUCUACUCAUGCCUGGUGAAUAAAUCAGACAAGAAGCCUACAGAAAUCGGGACUGUUGGGCUGUUAUACCCAGUUGAUUGCAACAAAACUAGGCAGGAAUAUGUGAAGCAAUGCAGACCUACUUGGGUGAAGCAUUUUGAUAGGCAGUACUGUUCUAAGAAGAAAGUUCAGAGACAUUUGGAUGAUAAUGAGUCGAGGAGAGGGUUGUAAGGGUACUCAAAUCAAGAUUCUUAUCUGGCUUAGGAUCUUAUCCUGAACGGCUCAACAAGUGUGUCAAUUACUCUAUUGCUAAGGUACGAUCCUAGGGCAAAACUUAGCGGAGACAAAAAAAUAAUACUAGGUACCUAUUGUUGGUGGAGGUGGUAGGUAUUUUCAUGAAAUUAGUCGAGAUGCGUGAAAACUGACUUAGACACCAUGGUAAAAGAAAAACUACCUAUCUUAUUAAAUUAGUUAAACCUUGCAUUGGCAAAUCUUUGUUUAGUGAAUUUGAUUACAGCGGUAUAAUUUCAAUUAAAUUGGUGCAAAAAUGUAAAUCUAAAAAAUAAGUCAAUGAUUCAUACAAGUACAAAAGAUGGAAAGUUAC